CUUCCAAGCAGCUGGGACAGCAGAGCUGCUCCGACUUUCCAACCUCACCUACCGCUCACAAACAGGCGGAAUUAACCUAAAAAGACAAAAAAUAAGAAUAAAAAAAAGGACAGCCAGAGGGGAAAAACUGGAGAAGACAGGAUAUUUACUGGAAUACAACCCGUUGAUCGUUUUCAAUCUGAACACGCCGUUAUUGUUCAAACGCUGGACACCAUGAGGAUUUUCACUGUUGCGGUUCUGCUUGUUCACUACUUGGUUAUGUCCAGAAUGGCCAGCGGGGCUGCAGUCGACAGAAUUGAGGGCGACAGGCAGCGGCGCACGACUGUGUUCAAUCUUUUGGACACAACCAGGGACAGGAGGGUAGAGGAGGAGCGCACAGGUCCCACGACAGUGCAGCAUGGCCAGCAAGGCAAAGAAGAGGAGUAUGAUGAUGAAUAUUACUACGAUGAUGAUGCUGACGAGGAAAUGUCUGGAGACUAUGACGUGGAUGGGCCACGAAUGGCCAUGUCAAGCAAACCAAAAGAUCCAUCAUCUGUCCUGGAGGCCAAAAAUACAGAGGGAACGCAAAAAAGGGGAAAGGGGAGAAAGAAGGGGAAAGGCAAGGGGAACAAGAGGAAUCCCUGCCUCAAAAAGUACAAGGAUUUCUGCAUUCAUGGCACCUGCCAGUACCAGAAGGAAAUCCGUGCCCCAUCCUGUGUGUGCCACACAGAUUACUCUGGUGAAAGGUGCCAGUUUAUUAUGCUGCCUGUGCAUACCACAGAGGGCUACAGCAGAACCACGGCUUUAGCGGUGAUAGCUGUGGUGCUUUCAUCUGUCUGCCUCGUCAUCAUCGGCCUGUUAUUAAUGCUAAGGUUUCACAAGCGUGGAGCAUAUGAUGUAGAGAGUGAGGAGAAGGUCAAGUUAGGGCUGGCGUCCAACAACUGAAGACACAAGCAGAGGCAUAAAAUGCAGAAAUUCUACCUCAAACUGGAAAAACAGAAGCGUGCUGCGAUAGGAGGUCCAUGGCGAGCCAUGAACUAGAUGCGAACUGAGAGCGCUCAGAUGGUUUGGUAUCAGAUCGGCUGUGAGUGACUUGAUCGGUAUCCCCACAGACGUCCAAAAGAGUAGAGGGCACCUUCUUGGAAAUGAAAUACCGGAUGGUUUAGAAGAUGGACUGAAGAUGGGAUUGGCACGAAGAAAAAAAGACGGAGGGAUGAUGUUUGGACUCUGCUCUGCUUCUUGAAAAGAAAAUGUUUCGAGUGGAACUAAAAACUUUAAACAGCAAGGAUAGCUCAAUCUGGACUCUUUUUUUUUCUCUCAUGAGAAAACAUUUUGUAUUUUCCUGCACAUCUUUUUCUUUUUUUCUGUACAGUAAAUGUUAUAUUUAUAAGUUUAAUUUAUUUAUUUAAAUGUAUUUAUAGGGAUAUUAAUCCCUCUAGUAGUUUUUAAAAAUGUAAUGUUACAAUUCUUUUUAUAUUUGCUAUUAAACAAUAUUUAUUUAUAAAACAAACAACGAAAUCGCAAAAGCUCUUUGACGCAUUUAGAAUUUUUUUUCAUGUAACCGGCUUUACGUCUCGCAAGCCCAAAGUGAUCCAAAGCACUGUAAUUAACAAAUUCCAAAUGAAAUGUUUAUUUGGGUAAUUUUAUUCUUUUAUUUAAAUUAUUUUUACAAAUUUUUGUUCAAAUAAGAACAUCUCUAUGGAAGCUACCAUCCCAUACCCGGUAGGUUUAGUUGCAAUGGGAAACCAGUAUAUCCUAUAGUGUUUUGGGUCUUUGCUAAAUGGCACAUUAGUGUUGAAGAUAAGGGUGGGCAAUUUCCUCAGCUUGACUUUAUCCUGCAGGCUCAGGGGUUUUAAGGCCAGAAAAUUAGGGUCUUUCUGUGUCCAGCUUCUGUUUUCUAAAAACAGGUCAGCAAUGGUUUUAAUAAGUUUCUGCACCAGCUAUACAGGUGGUGCAGCCUCUCUGCCUCUCUUAGUGUAUGAGAACAGAAUCCAGUAUCAAAUGGACUGUAAGGAGAAAUGGGUGUGUGGGGAUAAGUUGAGUUGCUUUUGUCUUAUCAGAGGAGAAAGUGGCAAGCUGUCAAAGUUAAAAAUGUGAAUUAAAGUGUUCGACCCUUUCAAAUCCGGAUCUGGAAUUUUUGAAGUGAUGAUUUGUGAUUGACUUGUUCAUUGCAAAAUAAUAAAAAAUUAUCAUUA